GAGUGCCAGCCUUGGUGGUAUCAGAAGAGGAUCUUUGACGUUAUAGAGAGGACUGCCUUGUCAGAGUGAUGCCUGUGCACGGGGUUUGUGGAAUGAAGGCUGCAUCUGUGGCCUGACCUUUGUGUGUCUACUCUGUUGUGUUAUCAUGGUGGUAUACAGCUAUAAUCCUGGUACUCUGGGAGACUGAGGCAGGAGAGUCUCAAGUUUGAUCCCAGCUUGGGCAACCUAGUGUCUUAGUAAGACUUUGUUUUCUCAAAAUGAAAAAUAAAACAAGAACUGGAAUAUAGCUCAGGGGAAGGCCCUGGGUUCUAUAGAGAGCUCUUCCCGGGCCUUGUCUCAGUCCAGGAAGUUUAUAUUUGUAAUCUCAUGGAAAAGUUAUUGGAAUUCUAGUGAGUUAAUUCCAGACUACCACUUCCAGUGCAACCCACAGUGAGAAUAAAGACGCUAAGACAUAUUUAUAGUUACAGAGAGCCAAGGGGGCCCUAAGUCCAGCCAGGAUAGUGGUUUAUGAACAACAGCCUCAACCUGGGGCCCAACUGGGAUUUCAUUACCUCAGAAGGGAGUGGCUUGAGGUUGAGUGACUGUGAGAAAGCCCGGAAGUACAUGACUGGGUGCUACCAGUGGGUGAGAUGGGGCCUGAGAUCACCUCUGGAGUAUGCAGAGAGAAGGACGUAUAGAAAGGGCGAAGUGCGUAACACAGUUGAGCAGCACCUAGUGUUUUGGGGGUCACUGCCUCAGUUCUGAUGUGCAAACUUUUCUGCCCUGGGAAGUCAUAGCCUCUUAUUUUGAGGCUCAUCCUACUUGUGGCACAGUGGCUCGACCAUGUGUUUUGUGAGGAUGGGGCAGGAAACAGCGACUGAAACAAUCUCCCUUCAUAGAUUACUCAUCAGCAUCUCAGCCAGCCCUCAUUACAUUGCUCAGAGCCCGCUGAAGGGAUACAGAAACGGCCUGGCCAGCCCUGUACAUGUCAGCACAUGGAGACAGAACCAGGUUUAGCGAAAAUGGAGAUAACUGCUCUCUGUUCACAGUGAGUCAUGCAGGUGGUCCUCCUCGGGUUCAGUCCUCAGGACUGAAAAAGAGUAAACAGUGGGAAGGACAUGAGCGUCUUUGUGAAUGUCUCAGAAGGGCACAGCGCUCUUUGCUAUGACUUCUGUGUCUCUCUGAUACUAGAGGACGCCUUUCCCAGGGUGGAGGAUCCCAGUGGCACUGACGUCACUGUUCUCCAGGAUGCAUCCUGGAGGCUAAAGAUAGGUGCCUGUGACCUUCGGAUCCCCGUGACCAUCAGGGGGGGCUGUUGGGGGUCUCCUUGGUGCCUGGAUGACGAGUGGACAAUUUAAGCCAGUUCCUCAGAUACUAAUGGAGCUGCCCCCCUCCGAGCAGCAGAAGCUGUUUAAUGAAGCUAUGGCCAUCGUUCGGAACUUGGAUUGGACAGAUGCUGUGCAGCUGACCACGCUGGUCAUGGGCAGCGAGGUCCUGAAGGAGCAGCUGCUGGCCAUGCUGGUGAACUAUGUCACCCAGGAGCUGCGAGCCGAAAUUCGCUAUGACAACUAGGCUGCUACCCUGGGGAAGUCACAGGGUGAUUGUCACAGGGCUGCUGGGCGUUGAGAAAGGCACCCGUCAUCCAAGUGUCACUUUGCACCGGAGCCAAACGUGCUGCUGCAGAGGCCAGAGCAGGACUGGGUCGUGGCCCAGCGACUGUUUCCAGGGAAGGUGUGUUUUGUGCUAUUUGCAUUCAUGUUGCCCGGCAGCCUGGGGAGCUGCAUAAGCAAAGGCAGCCCCAUGCAGGCCCUGUGGUCACUCUCCAAAUCCUCUGAAUCGCACAGGAGCCUGGAGAAGUCAGUUUGCACCACUGUCUCACAGUACACAUUUCUAGGCCCCCUCACUUUGUGAGGCUGGCUUCUCUGCUGGGCCUCUGUCACAGGACUGGACCCCGAGGCACCCGGUUUACAGGGUUUCAGAGCUGGCCCUUUCCAGAGCCCUGUUCCCUCCCGAGUGUACCCUGCUCUGCCAGUGACUUGAAGGUUGAGCCAUAAAAACUGCACACACUGGAUGCCUCCUCCCACUGGCUGCAGGCCUGGCCCUCCUUCUCCUCUCAGAAGUCAUGGGAGUUCUUUUAUUACUGUUAUUCUGACUCUUUUUGUGUUCUCUCAACUUAGGUUAAAUAUCACUUCAAAUAUUUCUUCCCUCUAGAUACGGUCUUGCACACAUUGCCCAGGUUGACCUCAAACUCCUGGGCUUAGGCGAUUGCCCUGUGUUGGUGGGACUACAGGAUUGCACCACAGUGCCCAGCUUCAUCUCAAAGCCCACUGUUCACUGUGCAGCGUAGGAUGGCCUUGAACUCAGCCAAUCCUGCUUCAGCCUCCCACGUGCAGGGAUUGUAAAGUAUCACCGUGUCCAGUGCCUGCCACGUCUAUCUAAAACCAGCGCUGUUGCCUCAGAAGACAAACCACAGCUCAUAGUUUACUUGUGUCAAGUAUAAAAUUACAACAUAUUUAAAGAUCUUAAGUGAGCUGGGCAUAGGGGAAUAUGUCUCUGGUCCCAGCUACUUGGAAGGCUGAGGCAGGAGGAUCACCUGAAUCCAGGAAUUCAAGACCAAACUUAGAAAACAAUGAAACCCAGUCUCAAGACAGAGGCAGACACAGAGAGAUCUUAUUUGGAUUUUAUUCACAAUUAUAGAAUCAGGCAGCAGCUUCUAUAAAAUAGCGUGAGUUUUUGGAAAAGCCAAGCAGAAGAGCUAAAUAGAGAAAGCUGAGAGAAAUCAGAAACAGAACAAAAAUGUGUAGUUUCAAACUGACCUUCCUUGUAGAGGUUAAAGAGAGAAAACUGUCACCCCAGCACAAGCUGGCUUGUUGGGGAUGUUUCUCUCUGUCCCUCUGUCUGUCUCUUGAUUUUUUGAGACAGGGUCUUACUAUGUACUUCAGGCUGGCCUUGAACUCACUGUGAUUCUCCUGCCUCAGUCCCCCAGUGCUGGGAUUGAUUACGGGGUGCACCACCACACCCGGAAGCUGUUAUCUCCUAUCAUCCCGACUUCUCCAAAAGAGGACCAAUGAGACCACUUUGGUUUGGCCGCCUGGGUCUGGUGCUUGAGCUCCGUCCAGGCCAGAGGCCUCUCACAGAUUUAAUUUAACCUUUCUUUCUCGCCUCUUUAUCUCCUGUCCCUGUUGGAAAAGUUAUGCCCGGCUCUCCCUCCCUGGCUCCUCUUUUCUCUCUUUCUCGGCUGCCAGGAUGUGAGCGGCUUUUCCUCCACCAUGCCCCUCUGCCGUGCUUUUUCUCCUUUAGAACCAGCAACCAUGGACUAAAACUGAGCCAAAAUAAACGUUUCUUCCUUCCAGUUAUGGCUGCCGGGUACUGAGUCUCAGUAACAAGAAGUGACUUAAGACGCCCUUAAAGAUUGCCCCAGGACUGUACUCUACCUUCACAGCUGCGACUCAACUGUGUCAUCAGGACGCAAUAAGCUUUUCUGAAGUCAUUUUCAUGGGUUUGGUGUAAAGUAGCUGAUAUUUGAAGGCUUGGGAAGGUACCAGGCUUGUGGCUUUAAAGGAUGGAAGGAGGCUCCCCCAGGACAGGCCCAGAGACCUUCCCUCCCAGGCUGGCAGCAGAGCCUUUCUGUCCCCAGGCCCUGGGGUGGGGCAUGGGCAGGAUUUGGAGCUGCAGCUCAGGCCUCCCAGGAUGCACAGGGAGGCGCUUCUGAGGGCCAACUCUGGGAGAGCUCAGUGCCCCCCUCCACAGGUAUAAGGCAAGCCCCAGCCUGAGCUGUACCCCAGGGCCAGUCAGGGAGGAUGGCGCUCAGGCUGCACAGGUCCUGUGCCCUAGCACAGUCACCCCCCCAGAGCUGACCAACCUGGUUCCUGAGGUUGCACUGGAGUUGAAUUAAUGAGGAACAGGAUGGGCUGGGAAGGACUUUCUGUGACUGAAAACUGGGCAUGCCCCUUCCUGUUGGGUUGUCACCUCUGCUUUUUCUGCUGAAUAAGACCCUCACAUUGUCUCUUGAACUACAAAUAUCUAAGAUCAGGGCGCGACCACCAGCCCCUUUUGUUACAGCUUUAGUAGGCUCUACAGUUGUCCUCUUUUUUAGUGUUAAGGACAAAACAAUGCUUUGCAGAUACAUGAAAAGGAAACCAGAGUAGAGCCUUCUGGAUCCAGGCUUUAAGGUGAGGUGAGCCUUCCGCACCUUGACCAGCAUGCUAACCUCUGCUUUUGCUCACACAUCCUCUUGGAAGAAUCAGGGGUCAUGGAGGUCCCUUUGUCAGGCAGUUGGCCCCCACCCACUCGUACCCCUGGCCCGCCAGGCCCAGGCGACUCAGGUCUCAGACCCAGUGUUCACCAAGGCCCUGCCCCGGCCAGGCUGCACUGCUCUGGGACACACACCAGCCAGGAGACGGAGAGGGCCCAGCACCCAGCCAGCGCAGCCUCUGAUAUAGCGGAGAAGCUGCUGAAGACUCAUCCGGGAAGAGCUGGCCCUGGUGGGACUCCUGGCUGAGAGUGCAGGGGACUUCCAAACUUGGAACCCCCCUGUCCCAGGAGCUGAAAUCCUGAUCUACAACGGGAUUUCUUCUCAGCUCCUGCCAUUUUAGAUUUUAUAUUUCUGCAUAUUUGUGAACUGUGCUUAUUUUCGAAUAAGUAAUAACCACUUGUUACAAAAUGUAAAAAUACUCAAGAGCUCAGCCUGUGGGGAAAGCUUCCCCCUUGCUAACUCUGGUUAAAGGAACAGGGAAAGGGUUGGGUUGUGGCCCAGCCUUUGUUGCCUCCAGAGGUGGACCCGUUUCCUCCAUGCCUUUAGCUGUGGGUUUUUUGUUUGUUUGUUUUGUUUUUGUACCAGGGAUCAAACUCAUAACCUCGCACUUGCCAGGCAGGUGCUUAUGCCGCUGAGCUAAACCCCGGGCCUAACUCUGUUUUAAAAUAGCCUUUGGAAACUCUUCAUUUCCCUUUUACUGCUAGUGUGUAUUGCUGAAGAUUUGGGGAAACCCAGAGCCAUAUAAUAAAAUAAAAUCUACAAAAUCCACCAUCCUGAA